GAAAUUAGAAAAAUAAAUUAAGAAAGGUAGUUAUCUUCUCAAGUUUCGUAUAUUUUGCCAGAAAACAGUAUUAUAAAUGCAGAACUUAUAUACAUACCACGGGGCCACGCCCAGGUCAAUUAAUUUACUGGACAAACCCCGCCCACUUUUUGUCGAGUUAGCUGCGUUCUAUUCCUGUCUUAACUGUUACUAUUUCGGGAUUUGUUACUUGCAGAAUUGUGAGAUACAAACCAAUCUUAAGGCGUGACUGAACAUGGGGGAAGAAGAGACAUACCGCCCUGGCCCAGGAGGAGUGGGUUCCAUCAUCGAGCUCACCAAAGAGAUCAAAGGAGAUCCAGACAAUGCUCUGUUGUACGCCCAACGUUCAGAAUGCUUCAGGAUCAUCCAGCAGCAUUACCACGCAGUCAGGGAUGCAGAUAAGGUCAUUGACCUAAGGCCAGACUGGUACAAGGGUUAUUACUACAAAGGGUUAGCCGAGUUUGGUGCAGAACACUAUAGAGCAGCGGUAGAAUCAUUUGAGAAUGGGUUACAGCAUGAACCAGAUGAAGCUUUGUUAAAAGCAUUAAAGCAAGCAAACAGAGCAAUAUUUUCUAAUAGAAUGACAAAUAGAGGCAGAGUUAUUAAAGGUUUCUUCUUUGGAUGUUUAGUUGGUGCUCUUGCUGUAGCUGCUAAUGACUUUCUGCUUCCAAAUCCAAUAGUAAAGAAUGUAUUCCUGAAAUUUAUACUGUUUUCUGCAUGGGGUUAUGCCGGGACAGAACUUGCCAAGAAGUAUAUCACUAUGCUAGAAAAUGACAGAAACCAAAGAUUGAUAGCUCCUGAUGAUUUAUUUCCAUUUACAUCUGACACCGAACCAUCGUCAAAGAGAAAACCCAAAUCGGUAAGCACUGGAACAAGUAUGGACCCAUCAACAGAAGAUAAAUCCACGGUUAGGACAAGACGUGGUAGACCGCAAGACAAGACAUCAUGAUACAUGUUCUCGUGUGAUAGUCAUAUGUAAGGAUAUUUUAUGCAAACCAGUGGUUUUCUGUGGAAGGGGAAUUAUUCUUUGAUGUUUAGAAUUGUUAAGAGAAGCCAAAAAGAGAAAAUUCCAUUCCAAUUUCAUCAAUGGAGAAUAUGAAAAUUUAGAAUUUUAGCUGUUAGAAAUAAGCAAGUACACAAAUGGAAUUCAUUGCUGUCUGAACAAAACUAAUUUGUUAACUUAUAUAUUGUUUUACUAGAAAUUUUAAAUAAAAUAUGAGGAAAAUAAAUUAUUAAUAAAUGUUGACAAAAAAUAACAGUUGAAGACACCCUGUAUCAGUUGACUUGAUAAAAUUCGCAAUUAAAGUGAAAUUUGUAGAAAGGUGAUUGGGGAGUUGUGCAACUCUAACGUUGCAUAAGUGUUGGUUGCAUUGCCAAUGGGCUGAUGUCCACAUCAUUAGUGAUGUCAACAUUCAAAGGCUCAUAACCUUUUUUUUUGUUCAUUUUUUCUCAAAUUUUCAUUGAUUUGUUUCUUUGAUUUUUCUGUUUUCACACAAGCUAACUUGUUCCCAGGGUUUCAUUCUCCUUUAAUCUUGUCUUUCAAAUAAUUUUACUAUCAAAAGAGACCAAAGUCGAUUUGAAUGAUUUUCCUCUUUGCACUUGUAAAAAAAGUAGGUGUAAGCAUUUCCAGGAAAUGAUGUUGAAUUGUAAAAUGACUUUAUACCGAGGUUAUACCGAGGUUGUUUUACCUGACUGCUAAGAAAGCACUUGAUCCCCACCUUGGAAAAUCUGAAUAUGAUCAAAAGUGAACCAACCUUUAAUUGUGUUGGGGACUUUAGACUGUUUCUUCAUUGUACCACGGCUUAAUGAAUAAAAAUCCAAUUCAAUCCAAGUCCGUUUUCCACGCUACAGGCAGGGGUAUUAUGUGCUCGCCCCAUCGACACUCUUUUAAAAAAAUUUCUGACUCACUUGGUAUAUUAAUUCUGUACGUAAAUUCUUGCAAUCAUUAUUGUUGCAUGAAAAGUUUUGUAUGGCAAACUAGAUAUACGUGUAUGAAUUCUCAGAAUUUGUGUCUGUUUUGACCUGUCUGUAUAAUAGUAAUUUGUAUAAUUUAUCGUUCCAAGUGGGACCAGGGGAUACAUUGUCAUUAGAAUACGGUAGAACCAUGCAUAAACAUGAGAUUUCAAAGGAGACCCUAAAUUAUCCUUUGAUCUCAGAAUACCCUUAACAAGUAUAUUGUUCUGGUAUGUUUUCCCUACCCUGAAUAAUCAAUGCUCUCAAUAUUUUGUUUUCAUUAAAGGGUGAAACACAUACCCUUAACACAUAUUCAAGCUGUUUGAAAAGUGUACAAUGUUUUUCAGGAUUUUCAUUUUUGCAAUUUUUAUACCUUUUGUGUAUACAUCUCAGAAUACCCUUUACUGGUAUAUUUUCCCUAUUGUUCUGGUAUGUUUUCCUUACCCUGAAUUAUCAAUGCUCUCUAUAUUUUGUUUUCAUUAAAGGGUAAAAUACAUAGCCUUAACACACAUUCAAGCUGUUUUAAAAGUGUACAAUGUUUUUCAGGAUUUUCCGUUUUUUUUUUCUAUAUUUUUUUUCUUUGUACACAUAUACCGGCCCUGCCGUGAAAAACAUCCCUUUUUAUUUGCUUUUGUGUAUUAUCAUGGUGUCCAACUUGGCCCCCACUUUAUUAUAAUACAAAAAGAGUCCAUUAUUAUGUUCAAAAUUCAGCUACAAUUUUGUAGCUAACAUGAUAUUAAUGUCAUUAUAGACAUUAAAAAAACACUUUACACAAAUUAUAUGGAAUAAUGAUAAAAUCACUCUUUAUUUGAUAGAAAUCAUGCACAAGUAUAACAUUAGGGGAGUGUCUCAUGAAAGGACUUGUCAGCUAGACGUUUUAUCCGACAAGUCCUGUUUUAUCCGACAGUUGCCAUAGGAACUGUGCUUCUCAGCCAAUGAAAAUCUAGAAAAGUUGUCAGAGGAAAUGUGAUGAUGAAUUGCUGGUCUACCAACCUGUUGGUUGUGCCACAUGUUAUAAUCAACGAUAUUCACAAUAACUAAAGACCACAAAGUAAUAAUGUCUUUAGGAGCACAUUGAUUUAUAUCAAAAUGAUAACAUGUAUCUUUGAUUGUCUUUCUUUUCAAGAGCAUGAUUAUGAAUCACGAUUCUAAAGAAAAAAAUAUUUAUAUAUUGUGAUUACCAAUUCGUGUUAUGCCUCUGCUCACUAGGUGGGUUGCAGGAAUGCAUUGUGUUUUGGGGUUACCCUUUGUCCAUUUCUCUUGAUAAUAAAAAAUAAGUUAAUUCCAACUGCACCAUGA